GGUGUCUAUCUUAGAUUGAUAUCAUGGUAUGGUUAUUGCCGGCAGCCCCUCAUCUCAUCCCCCAACCGGAUAAUGUCAUCAUACACUUCAUGAUAUUUGUGGGGGCCUAGCCAGAAUGGCCAACUGCCCCUGUGGGCCCCACCACAUGACCCACAAGCCCAAGUUCCCCUCAUCCCUAUUAAAACCCAUACUCACCCAUACAACUGAAAAAAUAAAGAAAAAAAAAAACAGAAAAUGAGACUAGUUGUAGUGUAAGUCCUACUCUAUUAUCAUCAUCAACAGCAACAUCUCUAGCUUGUGGUUUCCAUGGAAGUUUCCAUGGAAGUAGAGGAUGACGUCUUCUUCGCAGACCUCAGUAAGCAAAUCGCUCUUCUUAUCAUGGACGACGAGGAUGAACGUUCUCAUGCACACUGUCCAUCUGUCUCCCUACAGGCAUUCUCACAUGUAUACCACCCUCUCACCACUCCCGCUGUGGUCUAUGAUCCGAAUUGUAUGAGAGGAAGCAAAGGAACUGGUGUUUUCAUUCCCCGUUCGUCGUUGCCGAGGAGGAGGAACAGAUCGACUAGGUUCACUUCCUCUUCCCACACAAAGUCCUGUAAACAUUCUGAUAAAUCAAGAGUCACUAAUGUAACUCGCAGCGACGCAGAUUUGUCUUGUAAUUACUGUAAUUCAAGAGUGUUAAGGAGACAUGAUUGAGUGUAUAACACUAUAAUACACUAAUCAUAAUCUCUUAUGGCUAGGUUUGUAUUAAUACAUGUAAGGUUUUCUCCCAUGGGUUGUGUACAACGAAAAUAAUUAAUACUGUUUCAUUUACUCUA